AUGCCACCUGAGAUAGCUCUGGUAUCACUGAAGAUUGGAGACGCUUUUGAAAUAUGGGAGGUGUUUGGUUGCGUCACCGUUAACGCGUUAAUUCAGCCACCGUCGCUCGCGCCGCCUCGCGUCGGCCGCUUGCCUCACGCACCUCCCGCCCCUGCGCCCCACCACCGCCGGCGCCCUCCGUCAUCGACGUGCCCCUCCACCGCGUCCUCCUCGCCCCGCCCCGCCACCGACGUGCCCGCCACCGCGACCUUCGUGCCCCGCUCCGUGCCCCGCCGAUCCUCCUCUCCCCGCGCCCACCUCCUCCUCCGAUCGUCUCCUUUCGCCAGCGGACCAACUCAGCGCGCGCUGUUACUGCCGUCGCGCACCCGGCGCUCCUGUCGCGACGCCUCGCGCGCCCGUCCGCCCGCCCCGCUUAGCGGCGUCGUGUCGGUCGCGGCACCGUCCGCUGCAUGGCUCGUCGCCGUUGCAGCCGGGGAAGGGUGGGGACCGCGCGCCCACGAAGAUGGUGCCGCUGUUUCCCGGAUGCGAGUGACGGCGGCGUGGAUUGGGACGACGACGUUGAUCGGCGGCGUCGACGACGACGGAGCCCCGCCGGCGAGGUCCUGGGGAGCGAGCCCCUCUGUGAUUUUGAUGGCCAGUUCACGGUAGAUUGGUUUGAUCGUUGUGACUGUGACACUAUGAAGUUGAUUGGUUUGAUCAUUGUAACUCACACUGAAACCUUAUGUUUGGACCAGAUUCAGAGAGCUCCUAUGUGCCAGCCGAACAAGAGCCAGCCGCACAAAAUGCAUCAAGUGAAGAGUGGAUUGAUGAUUUCCAAUCUUUGUACUCCCUCCAUACCUAAAUAUUUUCUGUUGGGGAGAACUAGGUUAGUUCUCAGUUCUCCCCAACAACAAUUAUUUAGGUACAAAAGAAGUAGAUCCUAAUGCCAACUGAAUUAGUCCAUUAGCAAACUGAACUAGAUGGAAGUGCACGUUCAUGUAUGAACUUUUGUUCAGCAGACAUGUCAUAAGACUAAUUUUCCUUUUAUUUAUGCUGAAAUGUGAGAACCUGAACAUAUGUUCUGCUAUGCUAUAUAAUAGACCUGUAUGCAGUCAUGUAAGGUUGCUAUGCUUACAAAAUGCACUUCUCAUUUUGUU